UUGCACUAUUUGUUCAGCAUUGUAUUAAAGGAUAAAAUGGGGAAAUCUGUAGCCUUGUGGACAACAGCAUCACUUCUGGCAAUAAUGAUCUGCAGCUCAGAUGCCACGUUAGACAUAAUAACCUCAAAGCAAGACUUCCAUGUGGGAGAGGAGGUCUUGCUAUUGUGCAAAGCGAGUGGAGAAGGAGAGAUAACCUGGCACAAAGAUGGAGAGGAAAUAGAUGAUGAAGACAAAGUGUCUAAGGUGGAUGAAACGACCUCUAAACUGCACAUUAACAAGGCUACGCUGCAGGACUCUGGCAGAUAUGUCUGUAGAUGUGACUUUGAGUCAGGACAUACAGAUGAAGCCCAGACUCUGCUUUUUAUAUUUGAUGGUCCAUCAUUUGAUGGCACAACCUCUUACCAUGAGUUUUUGGAGGGAACAGAUGGAGUAGUCCCAUGUCUGGUGUCUGGACAACCAGCAGUGGAUGUUGUGUGGCUCAGAGACAAACAGGAGAUUCCCAUGAACAAUGAAAGGCGUGUAUGGCAACAGAGAAAUAACACUCUUUUCAUUGGACAAGUGAAGAGAGAGGAUGCAGGGGCAUACGUGUGUCAGGCUCAAAUAAAGGGGAGACCCAUCUUUCAGUCACUGUCUGUAUCUGUAGUCAUCAAUGCUCCUCCAAAAGUAUAUCUGAAAGAAGACGUUAAGAAGGUGUUCGCUGGACCAGAGGCCAAUGUUUCCUUAUUGUGUUUAGUCGAUGGCCUACCAAAACCCCAAAUCACCUGGACCAUGCCAGUGUCGAUUGAUUCGUCUCGGCAUCAGUUCAACUCAGAUCGUAGCCAGCUCAGCAUCCUGUCCGUGACGAGAGAGGACUUCGGAGAAUAUGUGUGUACUGGCAAAAAUAAGAUCGGGGAGAGCACUGCCACUAUUACUCUUCAUGUUUUUGAGGCCCCAGAGGUGUUUGUUUCAGCAGAGCAGCAGAGGGCAUCUGUGGGUGACCGAGUGUCUGUCUCCUGUAAUGUCUCUGGGCAUCCCCUCCCAGAGCUCCGCUGGCUCAACAAACUCAAUGGGCAGGCUAUGGUUCAAGACUCAGGGCGUAUUCGCGUUGUGGAAGGUGUGUUAGUGAUUGAUGAAAUAGUUCCCUCAGAUGGCGGCUUGUAUUCUUGCAUGGCUGUGAGCAGUUCAGGGAAUGCAUCCAGGGACGUUGCAAUCCUCAUGCAGCCUGGCCCUCCACUUUACAUGUCUGUUUCACCUGGACCCACAUCAGUCCGCUUCAACCUCAAAACCCUGCCUUUCAAUGGAGGAACACCUAUCACAAGUUUUGUCCUGCAGUGGAGACAAAGUCCAAAUGAACAAUGGAAAGAGACUAUGGUCCCAGUUUCAGAUACCCUGGCCAUCACAUCCUUAAAGCCAUACACAAAGUACAUAGUGCGUCUGGCAGCUCUAAAUGCUGUGGGCGUGGGAGAGUUCUCAGGCAGUAACAGCGUUCGUACUCAGGGAAUACGAGAGCCGGACAGCCCCAUCCUGUUGACCGAUCAAAUAAAAAUCGAAGGCAACUCUUUCUUUAUUCCACUCAGGCAAAGUGAUGACGGUGGAUCUCCUUUGUUAAACUUCAGCGUACGCUACAAACAGGAUACUGAGGCUGCUGAGUGGAAAGAGGUACAGUUGUCUAAGGAUGCAGAUUCAGUUAUCCUCCAGAAUUUGUCCUUUGGCUCUGACUAUGAUCUAGAGGUGAUGGCCAUCAAUGCUAAUGGUUCCUCUAUUCCUGCUUGCUUCAACUUCACCAUUGCCGAGCGGCCUGACAAAGGCAGCAGCAUGACCAAAGGCAGCAUAGUUGGUAUUGUGUUGGUGAUUUUCUUGGUGGUUUUCUUAGUGGUUGAUGCCACUUUUUGCUACAGGAACCACUGUGGGCUCCUCAUGACUAUUGCAGUAAAGAUCUUUGGUCAGAAAGUACCAGGGCUGAAAAUGCUUGAAGAGGGGGAUGCUACAGCAAAUGGAGUGAAGCUGAAGGGAAUUACCUCUAGGGGGAGCUCACAUCAGCUUGCUCAGCUCGCUCUUCAGGCCUCAAAGGACCUGGCACAGCGCAAAGACGGCAGCUGCGACAAGGCGCCACUCACCAAAAAUGAGAAAAAACAAGCUGGUCGUGAGCUGUCCAAUGCAGAUGCUUGAGAUCCGAAACAGAGGAGAGAUGGUCAGCCUCCAGACUGAACUGCUGCUACUUGAUCAAACUGCUCCUGUAUCAGUCCUUAACAGACAGUAGUGCCUCUAGGUGAUGUAGUGAUUACCUUGGUGC